AUGGGUUGGAUGAACCGUGGUUCUCGGCUGGGGAACCGUGAGAACAAUCUCUUUACAACAGUCAACCACUGCAAGAAAGACUCCAACACCCCCCCGACUGUCAGCUUUGUUGAAGACUUAAGCGAUCCGAAGUCAUAUAAAAAAGCGUCCACAAACACCAAGAAUGAGGAUCUACCAUACAUCGAGCCAUCGGUCAUCAUAGCUGCAGGCGAUGCAGGCCUCCUAUGGCUGGUCAUUGAUAACAUUGUCUAUGACUGUACCGAAUUUGUUCAUGACCACCCAGGAGGCUCUCGGGUUCUCGAGUCAUUUCGAAGCAGCAACUGCAGCUGGCAGUUUUGGAGGUUCCACGGAAUGAAGGAUAUGAUUGAAUUCGGAUUGCCCCUGAGGGUAGGGUGCACAAGUGGUAUACAGAACAAAUUCAAGGAGCCGCCUCGGUUCGUCGGUUUGAGGAAGCUAUGGGGGUCUUCAUAA